AUGCUGAGGUUCGUCGACCUCUCGAGAUCCAAGUUCUUUAUCCACGUGGGUCCGUCGGGUCCCGCGAUGAAUUGCCCGAACUUGGUCCAUAUUGACUUGUCCAACGCAACAGAGAUGAGGGAUCCGACUACGGCCGUGAUUGUGGAGGCCAAAAAUCUGGAGAAGUUUUUGCUGGUGAGGUGCAUGGGGAUUACGGAUAUGAGGAUUGGUAAGCCCGGUAUCCAACAGUGGCAGAGCGGGACCCAACCACGACGGUUGCACGAAUACGACGUCGUCUCUUCUUUCUCCUCCCUUUUGCUGUGGACUCCGGUGGCUCCACACUCCACAAAGCCCUAUCCAAAAACAAUGUCCGCCAUUUCUCUCUCCCCACCCUCCAUUUCCCCGUCCUCCGCUCUCCGCCCCUCGCUCUUCUCCAAGUUCCCUUCCUGCCCCCACCCCCUAUCUUCCUCCGCACCAGGACGUAGAAUCAGGAGAAGAACAACAACCCUAGUUUUUUCCAAGCCUCCGGAGGAAGCGGAGGCCUCCGCGGCGCCAAAGGACGAGUGGCUCAAGAAGCUUCCCGAGAAGAAGAAGCCGCUGUACUCCCACAGCCUCCCCUGCAUCGAGGCCUGGUUGAAGCAAUUAGGGUUUUACCAGCUUUGUGCUCUCAAAGCCCUUUGGCUCGUCGAAAAGCCCGACUGGCACGCUCAGUUGUCCCUUGAUGUCACCGACCUCUACAUAAGGUACCUGAAGACUGGACCUGGAAAUCUUGAGAAAGAUGUAGAGAGGAGAUUCAGUUAUGCACUGAGUAGAGAGGAUAUUGAGAAUGCGAUUCUUGGAGGACCAUAAGGAUGAUAUUUAUCAGUCGACCUUUGCUUUGCAUUCAUGGUUUUCAUUUCUGCUGUUGCUAGAAAUACUCCAUAGUUGCAGUAUCGGUUUGUCUUACAUUUAUAUUCGUACUUUUUGGCUCCUCUGUUGUGUGGAUCAAAACCUUUUCUGCUGCUAUCAAUAAAAUACUAAAUGGCUUUUGUUUC